AUGGCUAACAACAACAUCCCAAGCUCCGAUCCCUUCCUCCUGGAACAUCUGAUCGAAGAUUCCACCCGCGAGGUGGCGAAUCGUCGUCGGCAAGAAGAACCACAACAUGCCCUUGCCGGACAGAGAAGGCCGAGGCAUGAGACCUCGCAACCUGGGAGGCAGCGGGUCCAGAACAUCCAGCAGCUGCAGGGCCUCCAACAGGUCCAGAAUGUCGAGCAAAACCCUCCCGAGGGACACGUUCAGAACGGGGAAGACGAGCAGGCCCGAACCCACAAUGGACCUGAACGCCCCCAGAACGAGAAUGAGACCGACGCCAGAGACGGGCACGCCGCUUCCUCAUUCACUCACACCUCCGAGAGACAGAGGACCCGCCAUGUAGAAGAGGAGGAACAGCUCGACAUCCCCGAGGGCACUGAUCCCAUCACUGUCCGCCUGCUCAAAGAACUGCAAAAGACGAACAACCUCCUCCGAAUUCAGGACGACCGUAUCCACGAGCUGGAAAGGAAGCGACGGUACCGCUCCCCUCCAAAGAGACGUUACCGGUCACGCUCCUAUUCCUCCUCGCGCUCACCUCCGAGGAGGCACCGUCGGCGUUCCCCAUCUUCUUCACGCUCCCCACCUAGAAGACACCGCCGUCGGAGAUCAUAUUCCCGCUCUCCUCCAAGAAAGAGCAGGAAGAAUCAGAGACCAGAGGCCACUGAAGCAAGAAGCCUCUCCCCCAAGCAGGGUCAUCAGGGCCCCUCCAAGGCUGUGCUGAAACCCCGCGAGCGUCCCUCUCCUCGGGAUAAUCGCGCCGGUCCCAACAAUGACCAGGAAAGACCCCGGCGAGGCAGACAUUCAACUUCACCAAGACCGAGCGACGAAGAGGACUUCCGCAGCCCUUUGUCCGAGGACAUCCGAAGAGCCCGCCUUCCUCGAGGGAUGGAAAAGCCUCCGGCGUUGGACCAGCCACAAAACUGGCACACAGGCCACAACCAAAGUUAA